AAACUGGUAGUCCAUUAAAGAGCAAACAAACUAAGGCGCUGAGAUGGCUGAUACAUCUCCGAACACCACCGUACUUGAAAUUUCAACACAGGGCGGGUACACCAAUGGCGGUUUUAAGAACGAUACAAUAGAUGACGACACGUCUGGUGACAACCCUGCGGGUGAUGAAGAUAAACCACGCAGGCUGGGCUUGGCGUCUGGGUCGCCCGUAGCGAGCUCAACAGACCGUAGACAACCAUCGAUGGAAGAAAGCUCCGAACUUCAGACCGACCGCUGCAUCGAUUGGUUGGUGGUCUUGGCAUCCUUCUUAAUUCACUUCAUCGUGGACGGUAUUAUAUACACAUUUGGCGUGUUCUACAUCGCCCUGCUAAAUGAAUUUGAAGAAAGCAAGUCAGCGACGUCUUGGGUUGGCUCCAUUCAAAUAGCUAUGAGCUGGAUCAUCGGUCCAAUAGCAAGUGCCCUGUCAGAUAGAAUUGGACACCGAGCUGUUGCAAUCACUGGUUCUAUUUUCGCUGCAGUGGGAUUUGGAGUCAGUUCCUUGGCGCCAAACUUGUCAGUGCUUUAUUUAACAUACGGGGUUAUGACUGGCCUCGGUUUUGGACUGAUGUAUUUUCCAAGCAUUGUCUCUGUUCAGGAUCAUUUUGAGAAGAGGAAAAGUCUAGCCAUGGGAAUCGCAAUGUGCGGAUCAGGCGUUGGGACAUUUUCAAUGGCGCCCUUCACAGAAUUUCUCAUUGAUACUAUUUCUUGGAGGUACACUCUUUUCGUACUGGCAGGGCUAUCACUCUCAGGGAUUGGCUUGAGUAUGCUGUUCGUUCCACCUGCAUUAAAGAGCAACGAGGAAAAUGAGACAAAGCAGAACUCAAAAUGCUGUGAGAAAACGACCAGGUUCUUCAAAAACCUCAUCCAUAUCUCAUUGCUACGAAAAGCUGAUGUUGUCGCGUGGCUAGUGUGCAUGUUGAUAUUCCAAGUAGGUCUUGUAGUGCCCCACACGUACAUACCAGAUAUAGCUGUAGCGAUGGGGGUGGAGGCGAACAACGCAGCGUUUCUGGUGUCCAUUGUAGGCAUUGCUAACACAGUGGCUCGAGUCAUAAUGGGAGUGUUUGCAGACUUCCGGUGCGCUAACAGACGCAAUAUGCUUGGGAUCAGUGUAAUGGUGGGAGCAGUCAUGGUUUCCAUACUGCCUUUUAUGAUGGGGUACGGCGUGAUUGCCACCGUGUGCACUUUUUAUGGGUUGACAGUCGGGACUUUCAUCUCCCUUUGCCCGGUAGUUCUCAGAGAUUUAGUGGGCAUCGAGAAACUUGGACCUACAUUUGGACUCACCAUGUUAGCCAUUGGUUUGGGUUCCCUUCUGUUAUCGGCUGGAGUCAGCUAUUAA